AUGGCCUCUGUACAUGUAUUAGUUGGUCAAUGUGGUAAUCAACUUGGAAAAACAUUCCUUGAUGGUCUUGUAGAUGAAGUACAUGCCAGUAAAGAUGAUCACUUCGCAGCUCAACUCUCAUCUAUGCAUUUCCGCCCAUCCCGAUCGUCACUUCCACACCCACGUUGUGUAAUGAUUGAUAUGGAACCCAAAGUUAUUAACUCCACUCUUCAAAGUACAGAUGCGGCUGGACAAUAUACAGUCCAAUCUCCACAGUAUAUUACUCGACAUUCCGGUAGUGCGAAUAACUGGGCUUGUGGAUAUUAUACACAUGGGAAUCAAUGUAAAUCUAACAUUACAGAAGCCCUUCGUCGUGAGAGUGAAGUGAGUGGAAGUGUUCGUACUUUUCAUGUUCUUCACAGUGCGGCUGGAGGAACGGGAUCGGGUGUGGGUUGUGCUGUUGCGGAUAUUAUUAAAAGUGAAUUCCCUCGUACGUUAUUAUUCCAUACAGUUAUUUGGCCCUUUGCAAGUGGAGAAGUGGUAACGCAAUGGUAUAAUUGUAUAUUAACAAUGAGUGCCUUGCGGGAAACUGCAGAUGCGGUGUUUAUUGCUCAUAAUGAUGAUUUUAUAAAGAAAACAAUAGUGGGAAGACGGGGAAUAUUAGGACAUGCAGGAACAGAGGAAGUAUCGUUUGAGAGUAUGAAUAAAGAUAUCACACAGUUAUUAUUGGAUUUACAUCUCCCACGGAAAGUAUAUCGUUUACAACAAACAGAUUAUCAUCAUCAUCAUCAUAAUAGU